AUGCUACAUUUACAGUCUCCCUUUACAGCCCCUCACAGUCCACUCACAUGGAGGUGGAGCCCACUCACUUGUGAGAGGACUGUGAAGCUCACUGUGAAGAGGGACGGUACAUUUAGGAAAAUUAUUUCAAUAAAUGGUUUAUCGCGAAAAGCUGAUGAUGGUGAGAACAAAAUGAAGAAGGAGAAAAAAAAGGACAAACAGAGUCUUAUCCAUUUCAAGAUUUAUUCAAAUUCUCUCGCCAAGGUGAAAAGAUUCUCUCUUUUAAAUUCUUUAAGGUAUUUCCAGAUGGGGACAUCUUCUGGAUCUCACUUCAAUCACCAGUCCUCAAUGCUGCCCCCACGGCAACAGCCACGGCCUGGAGGACUGCAGACGUCCCUCUCCCUAGUCUCGCCAGAUACAUGUGGAUCUCCAAAUUUUCAGGAGCGUGGCUCAAAUUCUGAUCAGGUCCGUGAAUCCCCAUCUGAAAGUGCUAGUUCGCGAGAAACCUGGCCCACUGCUGAUGCUUUAGUAGCAAAGAAACUGGAGAAAGAGAAGGAAAGAGAGAGCGGUUUUGCUGAACAUUCUGUUGUUCGGCGCAUUUCAAGCUCAGAUAAGAUGUCUCUGCGAGAUGUGGCCAGAGAAAGAGUCGAUAUUAUAGCAGAAAGAAUGCAAAAUCUUCCUGAUGAGUUCCUGGAUAAGUUUAAAAAUGAGCUUCGGUCAUUUCUUGAAGGAUUGGGUGGUUCCCAGCAACGAGAAGAGUUUCUUUUUCUGCAGAAGAUAGUUCAAAGUAGGGGUGAUUUGACUGAUAAAACACUAAUUCUGGCACACAGGGUUCAGUUAGAAAUUUUAGUUGCUAUAAAGACUGGAAUCCAGGCAUUUUUGCACCCUAGUGUCAGUCUCUCUCAAGCUUCUCUUAUUGAUAUUUUCUUAUACAAGAGGUGCAGGAACAUAGCCUGUGGAAGUGCACUGCCAGCAGAGGACUGUACUUGUGAAAUGUGCUCUAAGAGAAAUGGUUUCUGUAACCUAUGCAUGUGUGUGAUCUGCCUCAAAUUUGAUUUUGAGGUGAACACAUGUCGAUGGAUUGGUUGUGAUCAGUGUUCUCAUUGGACUCACACAGAUUGUGCCAUCCGAAAUGCUCAGAUUGGUAUGGGCUCUUGUGUUAAGAAUGGGGCUAGCUCAGCAGAAAUGCUAUUCAGAUGCCGAGCUUGCAAUAGGACAUCUGAGUUGUUAGGUUGGGUGAAAGAUAUCUUCCAGCAUUGUGCACCAAGCUGGGAUAAGGAAGCUUUGAUUAGAGAACUUGACUAUGUAAGUAGAAUUUUCAGUGGGAGUGAGGAUCCAAGAGGCAGGAAAUUGCACUGGAAGUGUGAUGAACUCAUUGGAAAUCUGAAAAGUGGGGAGACAGAACCCAUGGCCAGUAAAGCUAUUUUAAUGUUCUUUCAAGAGCUUGAGGUGGACCCUUUAAAGAAUCAAGAGAGUGAGGAAGGAGGGCGGAUGAUAUCUCCACAGGAAGCAUUCAACAAGAUAGCUGAUGUAGUUCAGGAAGCUGUUAGAAAAAUGGAAAUGGUAUCAGAGGAGAAGAUGCGGAUGGUUAAAAAAGCCCGCUUGGCUGUAGACGCUUGUGAGCAAGAGCUCAAGGAUAAAGCUAGGGAAGUUGCUGCAUUAAAAAUGGAAAGGCAGAGAAAGAAGGUACAAAUCGAUGAGCUUGAAAGUAUUGUAAGGCUUAAACAGGCUGAGGCUGAUAUGUUUGAGCUGAAGGCUAAUGAAGCUCGGCGAGAAGCUGAGAGGUUGCAAAGAAUUGCACUUGCCAAGACAGAGAAGUCGGAAGAGGAUUAUGCUAGCAGGUAUCUAAAACAGAGAUUGCACGAGGCCGAAGCUGAGAAGCAAUAUUUAUUUGAAAAGAUUAAGCUUCAGGAGAGUUCGAGGGCAUCACAGAGCAGUGCGGGAACAAGUGACCCUUCCCAGAUGAUGUACAGCAAAAUUCAAGACCUGCUCAAGAACAUGUACAAUGGUCAUUCAAAGGCAGAGGGCCAAUCAAGUGACCUUCAUUCUCUGGGUGCAAUUCCUUGA